AGCAGUGUGGCCAGAAGCCGAGAGCCUCUGGCCCCGCCUCUUCCCUCCUGGCUGUGCUGCCUCUCCUUGCCCCCUCUGUUGGGGGGUGGGGCUGUGUCCCACCUCUCCCGCUCUCUAUACCUGUUCAUAAGCCAACCCCCUUCUCUUGUGCUUCCCUUUUUUACUAAAAAAAUUCAGCUUACAAACGAGUAUAUAUGGUAUAUAAUUCUAUCUCUUUCAGUCUAUAAUUAUGAUAUAUCUAGGUUUAAAGAACUGACCUACUUCAACAAUUUUUGAUAAGGGGUGCGAGAACAUAUUUUGAGAACCAAAGGGGUGCAGGCUGCAAUAAAGCUUAAGAACCACUGCCCUUGAGAGUCAGCUGACACAGGCCAGCCAGUGGGUGUUUAAUCGUGGUGUAGACACACCCUUAGAUUGUGUAUCCUCUGUGGCUCUCCACACACCCAAGCAGUGUCUCACCCAUCUGCACUAUGAUAAACCGAAUUAUUUUUCCAAAGAAGCUGAUUAAAGGUCACAGAGAAAAGCAACAUUCUUUUGUGUAUAUAUAAGUUUACAUACUAGAACUCCUUCUUCUACUGUACAAAGGAAAUAUACUUAACCACACUGGGAUCAAGCAUUUGUUUAUCUAGUUCAGUGACCUCUCCCCACAACUGAAGUCACAGGGGACAGCAAAGUUAAGCAACACAAAUUAGUAUAUGUAUGUAUCCUGUUCUGCAACACUUAUGUGCAACACCUUGCAAUGCAAGAGGUUGCACCCACUUCCAUCAAAGAUAUUUACAAGAAGACGAGCAUAACAUGUAACACAGGCCACUCUAGCUAUAGGCAAAUGAGGAAACAGCCUAGGGCAGCAGAUUUCUGGGCAGCUCUCUAGGGUGGCAGAUUUGGUCCAGCCGACUCUCCAUCAUAACAGAGAAUCAGCUGGGCCAAAUCUGAGUGGCAUUGCAACCCAGGGUGCCCUGUCACAACACCAUUCACUUACAUUUGCCCUGGCUACUCUUCUGUCAUGAUGGAGGCGCAACCAGGCCAAAUCUACUGCCCUAGGAGGGAGCAAGCACACUGAAGUUUUGCCUAGGGCAGCAGAUUGUCUUGAGCAGCCUCUGACAAGCAGCCACAUUAGCUAGGAAAUCAGGCAAAAGAUAUAUGGGUCCUUGUGUUUUAGGGCAUAAAGUGAUUACAUGUGGGGAUAAGAAAGGAACACCCCUCCCUCCCACAAUACAAUACAGGAACAUCCCUCCCUCCCACAAUACAGAACAACAGGUUAAAUGCAUGUGCUUUGCUUUUGCACUGUUUGUUUGUUUGUUUGUUUUUGUCUUCUUCCAGAUGGAGAAUUUGGCCAGAGUGAAUGUAGCAGCAAUGACUGCCUGCAGCAGUGAGAUAGCAGUGUCUAUAUGCACUGUAUAAAAAUACUAAGUUACCUUCUCUCUGUUUAGCAGGUCUCCCAGAUUAUUUCAUUGUGUCUUGUUUUCUGUGUCAUGGCCCUAGAUGAGGAGGUACAACCAAUUGGUUUUUCACUCAAGUUAUGAUUGUAAUGAAUGGUGGUAUGUCCAUUGUUAAUUAUUUAUUAUUUGCUCAUUAUUCUUAUUAUUGCAGUCGAUCCCAAAAUGUGGUAGACUCUUACCAAACACAAAAGGCAACACAGGGUUGAAUGGUCAGAUUCACUUCUAAAGGAGCAGGGAUGCAAAUUGCACCCUCCUGAACUCAUGGGACGAAUGUACUAGAGGGGAAAUUUACUCCCUGAGGGGGACAAGAGCCACCAUCCUCCUCUGGGACUCUGUCUGGGAAAGAUAGUCUUAGAUUCCAGCUGGGAGGAGCUCUGCUAGUGGACUGUCCCCCGGAAAUGCAUAAUCCCAGUAAUCAGCGUAUUUGUGAUUAUAAUUAUCUAUUUUUACCUGUAUUACCAUAGCACCUAGGAGCUGUAGUCCUGGAUCAGGACCCCAUUGUGCGAUAUGCUGUGCUGGUCUGCUCCCUUCCACGAUGGCCCUGCCCACAUUUUUGGGGUGCUGCAAAGAGGAAGGUUGGGGGUGGCUUGUGCAGCUGGACCCCUGCUCCUCAUAGACCUUGCACUGCCAGUUGCUUUAUUGUGCUAGUACAAAUCAAGGGGAGAAAAGGGACCAGAAGUCUUUAGUGAAAAUGUUUUUCCACAUCCUCAUCUUUCUGGCCAUCUUCUAUUUGUGGUGGAGAUGGAGGGCACAAGAUGGGCAGAAGAUUAGAGAUCUCACAGACAAAUAUAUAUUCAUCACUGGAUGUGACUCGGGAUUUGGAAAUCUGGCAGCAAGGACUUUUGAUAAGAAAGGAUUUCGAGUUCUUGCCAGUUGUCUGACUGAAGCGGGAGCAGUGGAGCUAAAAGCAGCAACCUCAGAGCAGCUCCAAACAGUGUUGCUGGAUGUGACAGAUCCAGACAAUGUUAGGAAGGUGGCUGAGUGGAUUAAAGCUGAAGUGGGGUCAGCAGGUCUGUGGGGGCUGGUCAACAAUGCGGGGAUUAUGGGACCAUCAGCGCCGACAGACUGGUUGAAUAUUGAGCACUUCAGAGCACCAAUUGAAACUAAUUUAAUUGGCCUCAUAAAUGUUACAUUACAUUUGCUUCCCUUGGUAAAAAAGGCCAGAGGGAGACUAGUAAACAUAUCCAGCACUGGAGGUCGCCUGGCAGUCUGGGGGGGUGGCUAUGUUCCUUCCAAGUUUGGGGUGGAAGGAUUUAAUGACAGUUUAAGACGGGACAUGAAAGCUUUUGGAGUUAAGGUUUCUUGCAUUGAACCUGGGCUGUUCAAAACUGGACUAUCCAAUCGAAAAAAGGUCAUCGAAGAAAGGGAGGCCAUUUGGAAUCAACUUCCUCCUGCCAUUAGAAAACAAUAUGGAGAGGGGUAUAUACAGAAAGAUGCAGCAAGGAAAGAAAAACUGACUCAGAGGCUUCAGAACACAAACCUCUCACUGGUUGUGCAAUGUAUGGAGCAUGCGCUAACGAGCAUUAAUCCUCGCUCACGUUACUCUGCGGGCUGGGAUGCGAAGCUUCUUUGGAUCCCCCUUUCCAGCAUGCCUGCAGCACUACAGGACUUUGUACUCCUGAGAAACAAAGCAGAGCUUGCUGACCCAACUGCGGGGUGAAUUCUCCUCCUUUAUUUACACUUUCCCAUUGAACUGGGGGGGCCCUGCUGUCUGAGUCAAUGAGAACCGGCCUGUUCUUUUAGCCCUCUGCCUGCUGAUCCAAACUGAGCCCGACACCUAUUCUUUUUUAUAUUUCAAAAGGCUUUUAGAGUGCCUGUUUCUCAAAUCUGUGAUACAUAUUGUAGCCAUAUUUUUAAUCUUAUGUAUAAGCCAGGCCACAUUUAUCAAAGAAUCAAUAAAAAAGGAAAUGUUGCAAA